GGGGCUGCUACGCCACAGGGAUCAAAACAAAGCCUGGGAGAGCGUGGGCACCGUGCACACCCCCGAGGUGUCAGAGUGGAGGUGCUGCACCAGGACACGGUGGGCAGAGAGGGGCCGUGGGCUCGGACUGCACCCCCAGCCCCGUUUGCCCAGCCCACGGUGCGCAUGGGCCAUGGCAGCCGCCUGUGUGCACCAACACCCGCCCUGCUCGUGAGCAGGAAAUAACAAGUGAACCGCAGAGGAGACGGGAAAUGAUUUAGGUGUUGCAAGAGGCCGCCUUGCACCACUCAGCCACCUCCCCAGGGACCGUCGGGCCACAGGCUUCAAGCUCAGGAUCAAGCGGACGGAGGAGGGCAAGGGACCAUGUUCCAGGCCACGGAAGCCACCAGCAACCCCCCGGCUCAUGAGGCAAAGAACAACUCAGGAGGCAGCACGGUGCAGCGCUCCAAGUCCUUCAGCCUGAAGGCGCAGGUGAAAGAGAUGUGCACUGCCUGCCAGAAGACCGUCUAUCCCAUGGAGCGGCUGGUGGCGGAUAAAUUUGUCUUCCACAACGCCUGCUUCUGCUGCAAGCACUGCCACGCCAAGCUCAGCCUGGGCAGCUACGCGGCGCUCCACGGGGAAUUCUACUGCAAGCCCCACUUCCAGCAGCUCUUCAAGAGCAAAGGCAACUACGACGAGGGCUUCGGGCGCAAGCAGCACAAAGAGCUGUGGGUGCACAAGGAAGUGGAGAGCGGGACCAAGACGGCGUGAGUGGGACCCAGCCCAGCCUUCCCUGGAUGGAGCCCAGCAGAGACGGCGCGGAGCACUGCUGAGCCGGCAGCUAACUGAGCUGAUGUAAAGCAAAGGGGACCCCAAGCACCCGUGGGCGGUAAGGGAAGGGAGGCAGCCCGAUUUUGAGGCCUCUGGAGGAUGUCUAGAAGGGUCAUGCAGACCCUAAGGACAGGGCGGAGGUGAGUGGGGUGUAGCCCCCAAACCUGAAGCCCUCUCUCCCUGAUGAGAUCAGACCAGAAGCACUUGCCCCCAUGGGAAUGCCCCAGCCCUGUUCACACAUUUCAGGCCUGCUACAAUGGAAAAGGAGACCUGGGGGCUAAGAGCCAGCCCCAACCUAGCCUGUAAGUUAGAGCAGAGCUCCCAGCUCCUGCCACACCGAUUCUGCCUUGUUGGGGCUCUGAAUAAGGAGGGUCUUUGGUUUACAUCAGCUCCGUUCAGCUGGGAUUGUUCAGCCUUAAGGAUGUUGCCCUGCGACUGUUUAACAGUGUCUGUCUUUUUUAUAUUUGCCUUUCUUUGGUACGUUCUGCGUUGGAGCCCAGCAGGGCUUCACGUGUGACACUGCGCCAUGCGCUCUUUUAUUUUUGUAAUACAAGGUUUCCAAGCCUUC